UUUCAUUUUCUGAGCUGGUUGUGUUGCAGCUGCUUUUCUCUUUCUAAAGGUUUUUGUGUGGUUACAUCAGCGGUGUAUGUAAUGUUCCUGGGGAAUUACUAUCAUUAAUAAUCAUCUGGACAUUUCAUCUGUGUUUCCACUACAGAUGAAGGGAGAAAGGUUCUGGGAGCUGAUGUGGGGGUGAAUUCAAAAGCAUCUGCCAAGGAUCCAUCAGAGACCAGACUCUCCUGAACCUGAACCAGCUUUGUGGCCAUGAACAGUGACUGUCCCAGGGAACAGUGGUCUAUGGAUCGUCCUAAUAACUUCCGGUAUGAACAGCAGUCGACUGAUCAGAGGAUCCAUCAGAAACCAGACUGUCCUGAACCCAUACACACUUAUGUGUCUAUGAACUAUGACUGGUCUAUGGAUCAUUCUAUAACCUUCAGAGAUGGAUGCCACUCUCCUUAUCAAUGGAACAAGCUGGAGAAACAUCAAGCAAGUUGUGUUUCCAUGAAGAGUGACUGGUCUAUGGAUCUUCCUAUAUUCUUCAAAGAUGGAUGCCACUCUGUUGAACAAAGGAACAAGCUGGAGAAACAUCAAGCAAGUUGUGUUUCCAUGAAGAGUGACUGGUCUAUGGAUCUUCCUAUAUUCUUCAAAGAUGGAUGCCACUCUGUUGAACAAAGGAACAAGCUGGAGAAACAUCAAGCAAGUUGUGUUUCCAUGAAGAGUGACUGGUCUAUGGAUCUUCCUAUAUUCUUCAAAGAUGGAUGCCACUCUGUUGAACAAAGAGUCGACCACGAGAGCUCUGAGGUUCCCAGUGGUCAGUCAGCCCAGCAGCAUCGGACACACCUGGACUCCAUAUUUAUGCUGCUGGAGGAGAACAUUGUCACUUUUGUGAAGAACGAGCUGAAGAAGAUCCAGAAGGUUCUGGGUCCAGAUUACCCAAAAUGCUUAGAGAGUCAGAAGGAAGAUGAGGAGGUGUUGGACAGUGAGGAUGAAGAGCAGAGGAGGAGCAGCAGAGAGGCAUUUCUGACGAUCACACUAAACUAUCUGAAGAAAAUGAAGCAGGAGGAGCUGGCUGACUGUCUGCAGAGCAGACAUCCAAUUGCAGCUUGUCAGUGUAAACUCAAAUCUAACCUGAAGGAGAAGUUCCAGUGUGUGUUUGAGGGGAUUUCAAAAGCAGGAAACCCAACCCUUCUGAAUCAGAUCUACACGGAGCUGUACAUCACAGAGGGAGGGACCGGAGGGGUCAAUGAUGAACAUGAGGUCAGACAGAUUGAAACAGCAUCCAGGAAACCAGCCAGACCGGAAACAACAAUCAGACAAGAAGACAUAUUUAAAGCCUCACCUGGAAGAGAUGAACCAAUCAGAUCAGUGAUGACAAAGGGAGUGGCUGGCAUUGGGAAAACAGUCUUAACACAGAAGUUCACUCUAGACUGGGCUGAAGACAAAACCAACCAGGACAUACAGUUCACGUUUCCAUUCACUUUCAGAGAGCUGAAUGUGCUGAAAGAGAAAAAGUUCAGCCUGGUGGAACUGGUUCAUCACUUCUUUACUGAAACCAAAGAAGCAGGAAUCAGCAGGUUUGACGAGUUCCAGGUUGUGUUCAUCUUUGACGGUCUGGACGAGUGUCGACUUCCUCUGGACUUCCACAACAAUGAGAUCCUGACUGAUGUUACAGAGUCCACGUCAGUAGACGUGCUGCUGACGAACCUCAUCAGGGGGAAACUGCUUCCCUCUGCUCGUCUCUGGAUAACCACACGACCUGCAGCAGCCAAUCAGAUCCCUCCUGAGUGUGUCGACAUGGUGACAGAGGUCAGAGGGUUCACUGACCCACAGAAAGAGGAGUACUUCAGGAAGAGAUUCAGAGAUGAGGAGCAGGCCAGCAGGAUCAUCUCCCACAUCAAGACAUCACGAAGCCUCCACAUCAUGUGCCACAUCCCAGUCUUCUGCUGGAUCACUGCUACAGUUCUGGAGGAUGUGUUAAAAACCAGAGAGGGAGGGGAGCUGCCCAAGACCCUGACUGAGAUGUACAUCCACUUCCUGGUGGUUCAGUCCAAACUGAAGAACGUCAAGUAUCAUGGAGGAGCUGGGACAGAUCCACACUGGAGUCCAGAGAGCAGGAAGAUGGUUGAGUCUCUCGGAAAACUGGCUUUUGAGCAGCUGCAGAAAGGAAACCUGAUCUUCUAUGAAUCAGACCUGACAGAGUGUGGCAUCGAUAUCAGAGCAGCCUCAGUUUACUCAGGAGUGUUCACACAGAUCUUUAAAGAGGAGAGAGGGUUGUACCAGGACAAGGUCUUCUGCUUCGUCCAUCUGAGUGUUCAAGAGUUUCUGGCUGCUCUUCAUGUCCAUCUGACCUUCAUCAACUCUGGAGUCAAUCUGCUGUCAGAAAAGAAAUCAACCUCUCAGAAAUCUGAAACAAGAAAACACAAAUCUGCAGAGACACACCUCUACCAGAGUGCUGUGGACAAGGCCGUACAGAGUCCAAAUGGACACCUGGACUUGUUCCUCCGCUUCCUCCUGGGUCUAUCACUGCAGACCAAUCAGACUCUCCUACGAGGUCUGCUGACACAGACAGGAAGUAGCUCACAGACCAAGAAGGAAACGGUCCAGUACAUAAAGAAUAUGAUAGAGAAGAAUCUGUCUCCAGAGAAAAGCAUCAAUCUGUUCCAUUGUCUGAAUGAACUGAAUGAUCGUUCUCUAGUUGAGCAGAUCCAGCAGUACCUGAGCUUAGGAACUUUCUUCAAACUAGAUUUCUCUGCUGCUCAAUGGUCAGCUCUGGUCUUCAUCUUACUGUCAUCAGAAAAAGAUCUGGAUGUGUUUGACCUGAACAAAUACUCUGCUUCAGAGGACGCUCUUCUGAGGCUGUUGCCAGUUGUCAAAGCCUCCAACAAAGCUCUCCUGAGUGGCUGUAACCUCUCAGAGAGAAGUUGUGAAGCUCUGUCCUCAGUCCUCAGCUCCCAGUCCUCUAGUCUGAGAGAGCUGGACCUGAGUAACAACAAACUGCAGGAUUCAGGAGUGAAGCUGCUGUCUGCUGGACUGGAGAGUCCACACUGUACACUGGAAACUCUCAGACUAAGAGUGUGUAACCUCUCAGAGAGAAGCUGUGAAGCUCUGUCCUCAGUUCUCAGCUCCCAGUCCUCCAGUGUGAAGGAGCUGGACCUAAGUAACAACAACCUGUGGGAUUCAGGAGUAGAGCUGUUGUCUGCUGGACUGGAGAGUCCACACUGUACACUGGAAACUCUCAGGCUGUCAGGCUGUCAGAUCACAGAGGAAGGCUGUGCUUCUCUGGCUUCAGCUCUGAGAUCCAACCCCUCCCAUCUGAGAGAGCUGGACCUGAGCUACAAUCAUCCAGGAGACACAGGAGUGAAGCUGCUGUCUGCUGGACUGGAGGGUCCACACUGGAGACUGGACACUCUCAGGUUGGAGUCUGGUGGAGUCCGAUGGUUGAGACCAGGUCUGAGGAAGUAUUUCUGUGAACUCACACUCGACACAAACACAAUAAACAGAAACCUCAGACUGUCGGACAACAACAGGAGGGUGACAUAUGUGAGAAAGGAUCUGGCAUAUCCUGAUCAUCCAGACAGAUUUACCUACUGGUCUCAGCUGCUGUGUAGAAAUGGUCUGACUGGUCGCUGUUACUGGGAGGUCGAGUGGAGCGGACUGGUUUCUAUAGCAGUGACUUACAUAGGAAUCGACAGGAGAGGAGACAGUUAUGACUGUGAGUUUGGAAGAAAUGAUCAGUCCUGGAGUCUGGAGUACUCUGGUCGUCGUUACUCUGUCAGGCACAAUAACAAAGUGACAUCUAUCUUCUCCUCGUCCUCUGUCUAUGACAGAGUAGCAGUGUAUGUGGACUGUCCUGCCGGCACUCUGUCCUUCUACAGAGUCUCCUCUGACACAUUGAUCCACCUCCACACCUUCAACACCACAUUCACUGAACCUCUUUACCCUGGGUUUAGGCUCUGGUCUGACUCCUCAGUGUUUCUGUGUUCUCUGUAGGAGGGAGAACCUCUUCUGCUGGAGGAACUCGCUCAGUACUGACCAAAUAGUCAGUUUGCAGAGAAUUACACACAGCUUGUCUCGUUUAGUACCAGCCUGAUCUCUUGGUGGUUGUAAAUGCAGUCUUUACACCCAUUGUGUUUUUUACGUGACUGAUUAUUUUGUCAGGGAAUCCAAUGAUAACAUGGACGCUUUGUGACUGAACGUACCAUAAGCUGAGGUCUGUUUGAUUAGAUUCUUUAAUUAUACUAACUUUUCAUACUAUAUUGAAUUGAGAAGUAGUAUCAAAGAAACUUUAUAGUCUCAUUCACAAUUGAUUAGUUUGAAAUGAGGAGAUCAUUUCUGAUUAGUGUACGCUGAACACACCUGUUAAUUUCGGCUCCUGAUUUUGCUUUAAUUUUAGUCAAAUUUUAGUCAUUUAAUUUUUGUUAGUUUUAGUGAACAGAAAAUAAAGACAUUUUAAUUGCAGGUCUCAUUUUUGUCUAUCGCAAGGUUAGUGAAAAAGGCUGUUUACUUGUUCACACACACUGUGUCCAUGUGACUCAGCUACAGUAGACUGACUCUCCUCAGUGAGCCCUGUUAUCAUUUCCAAAGUCUGGCUUUUCAAACAGACCUGCUCUGUCAUUCCUGCUCACCCAGCUUUACCACAGCUACCUGUGCUCCCCACUGCAGAGCAACGAAUCAUUCAGAGGCUGAAUUCAGGAACACGAACACAUGACAAUGGAGCAUCAGAUCUCCCUGCAAACUUUGUAGAAUGGCAUUCAAAAGAUUAUGACUGCCAUGCUGGCCCAUUUUAACUCACUAGAAUGAAGCCACUGGAGUCCCCCCCACUUCUCAGUCUUUCCUUGAUAGAACUUUAAAUUCUGAUUUUUUUAGACUGCUUCGGUGAUCAGUAGUUGAAGGUUCUACGUGUUACAAUCAGAGAAGCCUUGUUAUUAAUGAAACUGGUGGCCGUUAAGUGAACUGCACUCAGCUUUCUGUUGCUUGCCUGCGCUCGCACUCUGUAGGUAGGCACGAGCGAGCGUCCUGGGCAUCGGACAAAACAGUGACGUGACAUGUGAGACACGUGAUUGACAGGCAUCACGUUGAUAGAUGAGGUUAGUGAAGUUACACUGUUAUUAUAGUUUGACUAUAAACUAUAAAUGAGACAAAAGAUUAUAUUUUACUCUCCAGCACAGUGCUAAAACGAAGUGUGGAGAUAGGCCUGGCUGUGUGAGACCACAGUUUGACUAACAUUAUGUUUUUUUGAAAUAGGAUUUAUAAAGUGUAAUAUCGUUAUCAGCAAGCACAAUAUAGGCUAGUGAUGCUGAACUAAUCCAUUCUUGCAUUAUAUGAUACAUCGGCAUUAGCUAGCUAGCCAGGUUUAUCAGUCGCUGUUGGUCCAGCUUUCACUGAGAUGCUCAGCAAUGUCAGAAUAGCUAAAUUUCGCCAGCUCAGGGUUGGUUUUCAUCCCCAAAACCAAACAAAGAUCCCUCCAUGAAUCAAAUGAGAACUUUUGCUUUUGGAAGAGUUUAAAAAGUGUUUGCCAGAGCAUAUUAUGGUUUAUUUGAAUGGGCAAAAAGUUGCUUGACUUCGCCAAAGCUGCUGUCCUUACAGAUAAAUUUGCCUUAACACACAAAAGUGUUUUUUUUGUCGCGAAUCCCCGGUACGUGCUGAGAAUAUAAACGCCGUCAUCUAAAGUCUUCCGGCCCGGUCCCUCCGCAGCGGGUGAAAACCGUGAGUGUUUUUAUUGUCAUGAGCCCGAUCACCUCAUCGUGGGCUUCCCUGUGUUAAAGAAAAAGCAACAGUCUCAGAGUAAAAGCCCAUCUGCUGUAGGACUAAUUCAGUGUGAGUCAGUCGCUAGCCAGCGUGACUGGCAGUGAGGCGAACAGGGUUCUGAUUACUAUUCUGAGAGAUACUGCUGCAAAGCAUUCUGGGGCUUAACGUGCCUUUUUCAGACGAAUCAUACUGUGGUUCUGACCCAUUGCUGUGGAGUCUAUGCGUGCUACUUCACACAGUUACUGUCUCCUCCCCCUGGGUGUCUGGCACAGUGAGAGUUGGUGUGCGAGAUCAGCGGUUGAUCUCAUUCUCAAGAAAUCAAGAAUCAAGAAAACAUAACAUAUGUUGCUCCGAUAUUUUUUCUAGCCAGGGUUAAAAAGUGAUGCUGCCAAAUGUUUUAAGUCUUGUCACGUUUGCCAAAUAACAGGAAAGCCAAACCAGGUCAUGCCUACGGCUCGUUUACAUCCAAUUCUGGUAAUUGGCAAUCCCUUUGGGCAUGACAGAGUUGACUGCGUUGGUCCCUAGCAAAACUGGUCACCAGUACCUGCUCACCGUGAUGUGCGCUGCCACAUAUUUUCCUGAGGCUGUCCCUUUGCACACGUUAAGGGUAAAAGCAGUGAUGAGAAACCUUGGCUAAGUUCUUUUUCCCCAUUUGUUACCGAAAGGCAUUCAGACUGACCAAGGGUCUAAUUUUAUGUCCAAGAUUUUUGCACAGGUUAUUUCAGACCCUUCUCAUAAGCAUCAGGUCUCCAGUGUGUAUCAUCCAGAGUCAGGGUGUACUGGAGAGAUUUUACCAGACACUAAUAAGUACUGGCUUAAGUCCAAUAGGUAGUGGGAUGAGGGUCUGCCACUGUUACUGUUCGCCAUCCGUGAAACCACAAAGGAGUCUCUUGGGUGUAGUCUGGCGGAGCUGGUUUUUGCGUGGCCCGCUGCAGUUGCUGCAAGAGAGGUGGCUGGCAGAGAAGCCCAGCCCUCUGCACAACCUGUUAGACUAUGUGAGUUAAUUUGGGGAGAAGUUGUACACUGCUUGUGAGCUGGCACAUAGUUCCCUUUCCGCGGCCCGGUCUAAAAUAAAAAAUAAUAUUAUAAGAAAACUCUCAGUCACCAUUUCCGGCCGUGUUUUAGUCUUGUUACCUGUUGAUGGUUCCAGUCUUCAGGCAAAGUUCUGUGGUCUUUAUGAGGUUGAGUGGCAAGUGAGUUACAGCCUACAUGAUUAAAACGGCAGAUAGGAAGAAAAAGUCCCGUGUGUCACGUCAAUAUGUUGAAGCAGUAUUUUGUCCGUGAUCAGUCUGGACUGCCACCUCUGACCGCUGUGCCAUGUGUCCUUCCUGUGGUGACUGUGGUGUCCCUGUCUUACAGCCCAGAGGACGACGGGUUAUGUGACCGCAAGUCUGUUUCAGUUCCAUGUGCAAGUCUGGAGAAUUCCAGAUUUCUUGGAAAAUCUGGAGGGAUAUUUGUCUGAGCCAAUGAAAAGUGAUAUUUGCCACCUCAUUUGUUGCCAUGCACCACUGAUAAGCCUACCCAGUCCACAGUCUUUCAACAUACAUAGAUGUUGGUGACCACAAGCCAAUUAAGCAGCACGCGUCCCGCCAGUGAAGCGGGCGGUACUGCAAAAGGAGGUUGAAUUUCUCCUGGAAACUGGCUUUGCUGUGCAAAACUCCAGUCUGUGGCGCUCACCCUCACGUCUGGUCCCAAACUCUGACCAACCUCUUCAUUUGGAUCACCGCAAGGUGAACACCGUUACCAAGCCGGACUUAUUUCCCCUUCCCUGCAUGGAUGAUGGCAUAGAUCGUGUAGAUCGUCUUGUCCCCUAUCUCUCUCUCUCUCUUUCAGUUUAAGGUUGAACUGGAAGCUGAUAAGAUCUCUCCACCACCAUCCUUAAAAAAUGGGUUGUGUCUAUGGAGAACUGUAAGGAUUCCUUUGAUAAAACCUCCUUCGGGCAGAUGUCUCUCUGUUCAGGAUCAAUAUGUGAAACUCCUCACCCCCACAUAUCAGCAUGGAUCAUUCAUGACAAUAUUUUAAACUCACAGCAGUCUUAAAGAAGGACCAGUCAUGCAGUCAUGGAUGAUCAGGUGAUCUUCAUUGAGUUUUUGUGUCUUUGUGUAUAGGCUCAUUAGGGACCAGUGUUACGGGCUCAGACUGCAAAUGCUGUGGUAUGUGCCACUUGUCCAUGAUGUUUACUCUCCCCAUGUAUGAUAAUAAACAUGAAAUAAAUAAAUGAUGAUGGAUGCUGGUGCCCUCUGGUGAUCAGAGUCAGAAACUACAAUACUAACCUGCAGUGGAACACUUGUUGCCACAGCAUGACAAAACUAGUGUCACAAAAAAUGACAUUUAGAUUUGAUGACACACCUCAGGUCACAAAAUGCACUUUGAAAACAAACAGGGCUCCACUGUCACAUCUUGGAUUUGGCGAAAGGAAAUGUACUUUCUUCACAUGACAGAGCCCAGCGUCCUCAACUUGGAGUUUGUAGCAUGAAAUGUCAGAAACUUGUCACAAGUGAUGUGUGUUUGGUUCAGAAAAAGAGUUAACAUGCAUUUUGUGGUGUAACGUUCAUCAUCUGUUAUGAUAUUAAAUGUUGCGAAAAUGAGCUGAGGGAAUGUUGCGCGAAAUGUUAUCAAUGUGUAUUUAAUCCGGUGGAACCAAUAAACCUAGUGGUUCUCAUUAUUGUAAAUUAAUCUUUUUUUAUUUCAUAUGACAUAAUAAAUUGGAUGUUAGAAAA